CGCGGACGCAGAGAGAACGGAGCCAAGGCACACUCCUGUCCUCUUGCUCUGGUCAGAGAGAGAGAGAGAGAGAGAGAGAGAGAGAGAUGGGGUCAUCAAAGACGAUAAGGAGACUGGAAGUGGUGUCUCCGGUGCCCGCCGAUAUCGACAUCGCCAACUCCGUCGAGCCCCUCCCCAUUGCCGCUAUCGCCGAGGAUCUCAACCUCGACUCCAAACACUACGAUCUCUAUGGAAAGUACAAGGCCAAGGUUCUCUUGUCGGUGCUCGAUGAGCUCCAGGGAUCGGAGGAUGGGUACUACGUCGUGGUCGGAGGGAUCACCCCGACGCCGCUCGGGGAAGGCAAGUCGACCACCACGGUGGGUCUCUGCCAGGCUUUGGGUGCUUUCCUUGAUAAAAAGGUUGCCACCUGUCUACGUCAACCAUCCCAAGGUCCAACUUUUGGAAUUAAAGGAGGUGCUGCUGGUGGUGGUUACAGUCAAGUUAUUCCUAUGGAUGAGUUCAAUCUUCAUCUAACUGGAGAUAUUCAUGCAAUCACAGCUGCAAAUAAUCUUCUUGCUGCUGCUAUAGAUACCCGGUUUUUCCAUGAGGCAUCUCAAUCAGACAAAGCUCUGUUUAAUAGAUUGUGCCCUCCAAACAAAGAAGGCAAACGCACCUUUGCUGAUGUUAUGUUCAGGCGUCUGAAGAAGCUUGGCAUCUCAAAGACAAAUCCUGAUGAGCUGACACCUGAUGAAGUCAAACGAUUUGCUAGGCUUGAUAUUGAUCCAGAUUCCAUAACUUGGAGGAGAGUCAUGGAUGUCAAUGAUCGGUUCUUGAGGAAAAUUACAAUUGGACAAGGUCCUGAAGAAAAAGGGAUGGUAAGAGAAACAGGCUUUGACAUAUCAGUUGCUAGUGAGAUCAUGGCUGUACUGGCUCUUACCACUUCCCUUUCAGACAUGAGGGAAAGGCUUGGAAGAAUGGUAAUAGGAAACAGCAAGGCUGGUGAACCAAUAACUGCAGAUGAUCUUGGGGUUGGUGGUGCUCUAACUGUGCUGAUGAAAGAUGCCAUUAACCCCACUCUGAUGCAGACUCUUGAAGGGACCCCUGUUCUAGUUCAUGCUGGACCUUUUGCCAACAUUGCUCAUGGAAAUUCAUCGAUAGUGGCUGAUAAGAUUGCUCUCAAACUGGUUGGAAAAGGUGGUUUUGUAGUCACAGAAGCAGGUUUUGGUGCUGAUAUUGGCACAGAAAAGUUUAUGAAUAUUAAGUGUAGGUACAGUGGUUUAGUGCCCCAAUGUGCUGUUAUUGUGGCAACUAUAAGAGCUUUGAAAAUGCAUGGUGGUGGACCCGAGGUUGUGGCUGGGAAGCCUCUCGACCAUGCCUAUUUGACUGAAAAUGUGGCUCUUGUUGAAGCUGGCUGCGUGAAUCUUGCCAGGCAUAUUUUGAACACAAAGUCUUAUGGUGUGAAUGUUGUGGUUGCAAUCAAUAAGUUUGCAACAGAUUCUGAGGCUGAGAUGAAUGUUGUGAGAAGUGCAGCUUUGGCAGCUGGUGCUUUUGAUGCAGUUGUAUGCACUCAUCAUGCUCAUGGUGGAAAAGGAGCGGUUGAUCUUGGUAUCGCAGUUCAAAGGGCAUGUGAGAAUCAGACGCAGCGUCUGAAAUUUUUAUAUCCCGUGGACAUUAGUAUUAAGGAAAAGAUUGGGGCAAUAGCCAAGUCCUAUGGUGCCAGUGGUGUUGAGUACUCAGAACAGGCUGAGAAGCAGAUUGAGAUGUACAGCAGGCAAGGGUUUUCAGGUCUACCCAUUUGCAUGGCGAAAACCCAGUACUCAUUUUCACACAUCCCAUCUCAGAAGGGUGCUCCUGCUGGAUUUGUGCUGCCAAUCAGAGAUGUGAGGGCUAGCAUUGGAGCUGGCUUCAUAUAUCCACUUGUGGGAACAAUGAGUACAAUGCCCGGUCUUCCGACUCGACCUUGUUUCUUUGACAUUGAUAUUGACAUUGCCACUGGGAAAGUCCUUGGGCUCUCUUAAAAUCUUCUGUAUGUUGUAUUUUUCCUCUAUCACUGUGCAUCUGCUUCAAAUCUUUGUUGUUUGCCAAAUGUCUAAUGAACCUCGUUCUGUAUUUUUCAAUUGAAUAAAAUCAAAGCCUGCUAUUUUCUGAUCUAGCAUAA